ACUGAUUGUUUUGUUUUUCUUUUUUCUUGGUUACUUUGUUUUCUCAUUGGUGUUUUUUAUCUAAUUCAUAUUUCUGUCAACAAUUGAUUACCAAUUCCAUCAUAAUUGUCAAGUGUUUUGACAAAGAAUCUUUGUCAUCUAAUUGUUUUCAUCGACCAAUGUUAAACUAUUGUUCUUUUUUGGUGUAAAGGGAAAAACAUUUUGCUAACAUUAGAGAAAGAGAAAAGAUUUAAUUGUGCCAUGGAAUAUUCAACCUCACAGGACAAUAAUCUAUCGGAUAAAUCGUGUGUUAAUAAGUUAAUUGUUGGUGAAUUAAACAGUGCUAACAGUUCGGACAGCAGUAAUAGUGGAGAUGCCGGAGGAUUAGAUGGUUCCAACAGUAGUUCACCAUCGAGUGAUAUUGAAGAGGGUGAAGGUUUUUACUCUUGUUUUUAUAGUAAAAAUCCUGAAUGGGCUGACAUUAAACCGAUUGUACCUGAUCCAUAUGAGGAAAAGAUCGUUGGUAUUCCUUAUACGGAUAAAUUUCGUGAAGCUCAUGAAUAUUUCAGGGCGAUAUUCAGGAAGAAUGAAUAUUCUGAAAGAGCCUUAAAACUGACAGAAGAUUGUAUCUCAUGGAAUGCUGCAAAUUCAACCGUUUGGGUUUUCAGAAGAAAAUGUUUACUUCUAUUGGCUCGAAAUUUAUCAACCGAAUUGGAUUAUUUGAGUAAUAUUAUUGUCGAUAAACCUAAAAACUACCAAGUUUGGCAACAUCGAAGAUGGAUAGUUGAACAAUUAAACGAUCCAAAGAGGGAAAAAGCUUUCACCGAGGAGCUUUUCAAGCAAGAUUGUAAGAACUAUCAUGCUUGGCAACAUCGCCAAUGGGUAAUCUCACAUUUCAAUUGGUGGGAAGGUGAGCUCGAUUAUACAGAAACAUUAAUCUCAGAAGAUCUUAGAAAUAACUCUGCCUGGAAUCACCGAUAUUUUGUAUUAAAAAGAACUAAACAAUUGGAGGAUGAGAAUUUAAUCAAAAAAGAAGUUAUCUUUACCGUUGAGAAUAUAAUUAAAGUUCCAGACAAUGAAAGUACUUGGAACUAUUUGAGAGGCAUUUUAUCGGGAGUUGGAUUGAAUAAGUUCCCUGAUGAGAUCAAAGUCUUCGAGGGAAUCACCAGUGUCCAUUGUUAUUCAUUUAGAAUUGAUUCUUUGGAUGAACUGUUAAUGAAUCAAGAAAAACCUGAUAAAUCGAUUGUUGGAAAAGCUCUCACUUUAAUUGCUAAAUUAGCAACGGAAAUGGAUAAAAUCAGAUCGGAAUACUGGACAUUCAUAGGAAAAUCUAUCGCCGAGAAAUAUGAUUGUAAACAAAAAUCUCAAGAAUCAGAUUAAUCUUCUCUUCAUCAUGAUCACCAUCAUCUUCACCAUUUUCAACACAAUGUGAUAUCUUCUCAAUCAUCGUUACUUAAAUCAACCAUUUUUGAUCAACAAUUAGAGAGAAGAUCCAAAAACCAACUACUAUCAAUGUCAAAAUCAAACCAAAUAAUCUAAGAAUUACUGUUGGCCUGAAUUAAUUACGAGAAAAAUAAUAAUUCUUCCAAAGAUGAAACCAUUUAAGAUCCAAUGUCCAUCGAAUUGUGAUCAAAUCUUUCUAAUCGUCAAUUAGAACAGGUAAAAAGUGUUACUGUUCUCAGGCUCCAAAGAAACUAAACCAACUUUUUUAAAUAAUAAAUCUACAAAAUUGAUUGUUUUCUUCUUCUAAUUAGUUGAUUGUAAAUAACAUCGUUUUUUCUAUCGAUUGUAACACUAAUUUUGCUUAACCUCUCUCUCUCUAAACAUCGAUAACUAGUGCAUAUUCAAAAUGAAUUAAUGCAAAAAAUUCAUUUGAACUAAACCAUCAGGUUGUCAAUGAUUAUCUCAUAAUAGAUUUGCGGCCUUAAUUGCCUUUCUUUUGUCAACAAUUUACAAACUGUUCUGAUAAUAUUAUGUGUGGCUUUGGACUGGAUAAAUAAUUUUGUUUCCAAUUAAAAUGUAAUAACUUUUGAUUGGUAAUAUUACCAAGCAAUGGUGAGAAAUAAUUUUCUUGCUAUUUGAUUGCUGUGAUUUUUGUUUCUAUUUAGAUGUAAUUGAAACAUUCGAGGAAUAAAAUAAUCAAUUUUACACCACAA